AGUGAAACCGCUGGUAGGUUCAUGAAGGCAAACAAUAUGGCUCCUGUUGUUUUCAAUUCGUCGCAGGUUUUUCGCGAAGCCGAGGUGUUGAAGUCAACUAUCACAACAAAAAGAAAGGAGGAUUUCUCCGUUGGUGGAGAGUUGUGGUCCUCAUGCCAGAGUUUGCAAGACCUAUACAAGUCUAUAUUGCUAAGUGAUUUGAGUUAUGCAUUGGAAAAGAAAGUUGAGCAAGAGCUGUGGAACUGUGCAUUCAAGAGUCAUAUUGACACUAUGAGACAGCAAAUGAAAGAUAAGAAGACCAACAAGAAAAAUGAACUUCAGGCAUUGCUUAUGCUUUUUCUUGAAUCUGCUAGUGGAUUUUAUAUUCAGCUCCUGAAUGAACUAUGUCUGAAAUAUGCACUGGAAGUCCCUGGAUACAUCAACCCUGCUUCUAUUGGCAUUUUACAUGACAUUAACAGCAACCGGAAGAUGAAUAAGAAGCCAUCAGCAAGUGCUUGCUAUUACAUUUGUCAAGACUGUUUGGUUCAUCUUGGAGAUUUAGCUCGUUACAGAAAUGAGACUGGUGAAGCUGAAGUGUAUUACAAGCAAGCCUUGCAACUUGUUCCAACUAAUGGUCAGCCCUACAAUCAAUUGGCCAUUUUAGCGAGCUCACGCGGUGACACACUGGGAACGGUGUAUUUCUACUGCCGAAGUAUUGCGGUGAAAAAUCAGUUUCCUGCUGCCUCUACCAACCUCAAUAAAACAUUUAGCAAGGCAUGUCUGUCUGGAAACAGUUCACCUCCAAUUGAGAAGAUCUUCAAAGCAGAAUUCAUGCAAAUGUUUAUUCAGUUUCACGGUUGUAUUUACCUUGCCCAAGAUCUGAACGUUGCCAAGUCACUAACCGAGAAUGCAAUCGACGAAAUGAAAACGUUGCUUGAAUCUGAUGAUCUUCCUGCUGGUGAUUUGAUCAAAUUGGUUACCAUCAAUCUGUUUUUACUUCAUCACCUUACGUCUCUUGAUGAUGGUGAUGAGUAUGACAGUUUUGGAAAAGAUGAUCACCAAGAUUCCUGGGUUGUGACUUUGGACUUUACAAUGAAAAUGUUGCAAUGUCUUGUGGAGCGAGUCACGCAUCAAAAUGAGGCUAAAAUGAAAAAUACUGAAGAUUCAUCAUUUUCCAGUCUCUUACCAUCCAUCUUCAUCAUCUGUCAAUGGUUCAAGGCGAAUUCUCCAAGCAUAUUUCAAGACGAAGUUGUGACUGCCCAACCACAAAUUUGGAUUGAUUUUGUGAACAUGCUCAACGAUUUUGCUGCUGAUUGUGGACCCGAAAAAUUAGAUGUUGUUUUACCGGAAGAUCAGGAACUACAAGGUUUUUUGCCUCUGCAGAGUGUUCAUAGAAAGCUGGAGCUGGUCUCAAAACAAAACUCCGAAAAAGAUGAACUUUUGGAAAGGAAGAGAAGACUCGUGGACUUUGGCAUUUAUUUAUCUCGUCAUUCUAACGGAAUUGUUUCCUGUCAAAAGAGGGAGAAUGGUUACUACAAGUUUAUCUCUGCAAUUGAUGGUUCUCGCGGGGCGACAACUCCAUUCUCAGAAACUAGUUCGUUAUUUGGUAAUGCGAGUGAUUCAUCUCAACGAAAUAGUCGAAUUGACCCACCAUCUCCAAUUCACGAUCAAGUGGGCCAAUAUUCUUUGUUUCAAUCUAAUUGGAAUGUUCCAUUGACAGUGGGCAAUACAGUGCCCAAUUUUGUCCCCACUUCACCCAUCGCGACCCCUGCUUCAUCCGGUCAUCCAACCAAACCGACUGGCACCACGGACAUCAAAGACUCGGUACCGCUCGUAAAUUCUCGUGCAGUCGGAAGUCAUCGUAGCCCGACUUUUCCUACCUCUCUGCCCGUUCCCCCAACAUCCCUUGCAGUUGGCAGCAAUCGGCCAUUGUCGCCUGGAAAUCGCGUAUCUCCGUCGCCUAACGGUGACAAGGCGUUUAAACCGCCGUCCGGUUUUGGCCUGAAUAUUGCACUGGGUGUGUGGUCACCACUGGGAAAUAUUACUGGGAAUGGUCACCAUGAUAGCGGAGGGGGGGUGAAACCUCAGACAAAUGGAACUGGGAACUCCAUUUGGGGUUCGAGUUUUCAUUCUGCGCCAAGUAGCAUGUCCCCCCUGGAACAGCUACUGAAAGAGCAGAAAAGCCAACAAACAUCGUAGAUGUUCGGCGACACACGUCAGAUCUUCGUUUGCUUAUCGGCACACAUAUGGUUAUACAUCCAGUGUUAUACAUCCAUAGUCGUCGGCGACGUCGCGCUAGUUACCAUGGUUACUUAUUGCACCCAGCAACCUUAGAAGUAGAACCCACGUAUUCCCCCUGCCGAUUCCUUUACCUAUGGUUAUAGCUGCAGAGAAAAUUUAUGGUUAUCAAAGAUAUAGGUUUACCAUAUUUUUAUGGAGGUAUGUUUUUCAAAUGAAUUCGUAAGUACAUACAUUACGUGUUCAACCGUUGACCACAGGAUAUGUUUGUAAAGCUAUAGUUUUAUAGUUUUAAAGUUUAUACUGUAGGCCAUGAUUAGUGAUAUUAUAGGAAUUUUUGAAAUCUCUUAUUGAGACUGUCUACAAGAAUUGAGCUUAGGUGUAUUUUGUAGACAUUGGAUUCCUGCAUUUGGCUAGUAUUAUUAUCAUAUUGAACAAUAUUCUGUUUCCUUGUAGAUUAUCGUAGAACUUUAUAUAUUCUGUUCAUUGUGUUUUUUUCGGGCAAUUUAAGUUUGAUGCGAGCACGAAUAUAUUUUUACACUAAAUGCAUGUACGAUAUGUAGUUGUGGCCACCAAAUAGCCCGAGGUACAAGAUCUCAUCAUGGUGACCGACUUUCUGGUGGCCAACGAUGUGAUUUUUUAGGCAACCGUACGCAUAACGUUGUCUCGGCCCAAAUUCACUUCAGUCCUAGAGUCCCACUGUUGUUGAGGUUUUUCGACUGUGCUUCAAUCAAGCCAUUGCCCAAAACACAUGCAAUUCAAUAUAUCGCAUUAAGAACGAUGUGACAUCAAAUCUCUCAUUUUUUUAGAAUAUUUCGUAUAUGCAACUACAAUGUAUUCGCUAUAUAUUUAGAAUAAUUAUUGAACCCGGAAUUGUUCAUAGAAAUAUAAAAUUCAUAGAAUGUUAUAAAAUGAUGAUAAUAAA